UCUACUACAACAAUUAAUUUUGCAAAUACUUGGAAUUGAAUCGAUUUUUAAAACACGAUGAUUUCGAGUUUGGUUACUGGAUUUUUUGUGUGAAGAUGUUGAUUAGACUCGGACUCGAACCCUGGUCUUGCGAAUGGCAGUACACCAUGAUAGGGAUGAUAUGGUUUCUUAAUGCCGUUUUGGCCAUUUUUAAUAUCUCUUGAUCUAGUGUUGGGAUAAAUUAACAAAAACGGCCGAUUCUGAUCUGAUCGUCGGUCCGUACUUAUUUUGAAAUGAAGCUCGUGGCGCCGUUUCUGUCAAUAGAGAGCGGUAUAGAUCGUUGAUAACCAAUUUUUUAUAGCCACAAUUGGAAGUUGAAGUUGAUAUUAAGAUCAUCUGGUUCCAACAACACGUGCAAUUAUCGAAUUUAUGCGAGAAAAGUUUGGAGAUUCGAUUAUUUCAAGAAAUUUUCACAUGGAUUGGCCUCCAAGAUGUUGUGAUUUAAAACCGUUAGACUACUUCUUGUGGGGUUAUUUGAAGUCAUUUGUCUUUGGCAAUAAACCAGACUCUCUUCAAGUUUUAAAAGUAAAUAUUGAACGUGAAAAAGUGCUCAAAAAUUGGGUUCAACGAAUUUGUUCCUGCAGAAGAAGUCAUGGCGGCCAUUUGAUGAUGUUAUAUUCAGCACUUCGAAUGUACUUCGCAAUGACUUCACCCUUUAGCAUAAGCACCGGAAAAAAGGUUUCACUUACACUUUUAGUAAUUGCUUUCAGUGUGAGCAUGGCAUUGGCGAAAACAGGGCCGACACAUGACAAAGUUGUGGUGUGUUACAUUUCAACAUGGGCGGUGUACCGGCCGGGCGCCGGUGCAUAUGGCAUCGAUAAUUUUGAUCCAAAUCUGUGCACACACGUAGUUUAUGCAUUUGCUGGACUGGAUAUCACACAAUCGGCAAUAAAAUCAUUGGAUCCAUGGCAGGACUUGAAGGAAGAUUACGGUAAAGGUGGUUUCGAGCAUUUGACAGGUUUCAAAACCACUCACCCGCAUUUGAAGGUCAGCUUGGCAAUAGGUGGCUGGAAUGAAGGUUCGAAAAAUUAUUCUUUGCUGGUCGCCGACCGAGAACAACGUGCGCGUUUCGUCAAACAAGUCACUACAUUUAUACGAAAAUAUAAUUUCGAUGGUCUCGAUCUUGAUUGGGAAUAUCCAACACAACGUGGUGGACGGCCACAAGAUCGUGAAAAUUUUGUACUACUCACAAAGGAGUUGAGAGAUGAAUUUGAUAAUUAUGGCUUGCUGCUGACGUCAGCGAUCGGCGCAGCGAAGAAUGUUAUUGAUCAAGCGUACGAUGUCCGGCAAAUAUCGCGUUAUCUCGAUUACUUACAUAUUAUGUGCUACGAUUAUCACGGCAGCUGGGAUAAACAAGUUGGUUAUAAUGCGCCGCUCAGGGCUCCAGAAGGCGAUGUGCUCAGCGUGGAGUUUACGAUCGAUUACUUGUUGAAAUUGGGUGCGCCGCCAAAUAAAAUCGUACUCGGCUUACCCUUUUAUGGUCGCACUUUCAGGACGCCGCGAGAUGGCAAUAUAGGGGAUGUUACGGAUGGCACCGCUUUUCAGGGACCCUUCACUCGUGAGGAUGGCUUCCUUGGCUACAAUGAAAUUUGCAAUAUAUUAAGCAACAAAACAUCCGGCUGGACUACAGUUUGGGAUGGGAAAACUUCGCAGAUGUUAGCGCGCUCCGAGCGUGACGUCUUCAGCGGUUUAAUACAGGUAGUGACCUUCGAUAACGGCCGUUCAAUCGCCAACAAAGUGAAAUUUGCCGUGGAGAAGAAACUUGCUGGCACGAUGGUCUGGUCUAUAGACACAGAUGAUUUUCGUGGUAAUUGCGUUAUGGAGGAAGACAUUUACGCCGAUUAUAAAUAUCUUCAGAGUAAUGGUCAUGCAAUUAUGCCAAAACGUAUCAAUUCGAAUUAUCCGUUAUUGCGAACCAUUAACGAAGCUACAACGCUGGCUUUGGUGGAGGUAGAGCAAAGUAUAGACGAUAAUGAGAUACCACAUGGUACCAUAGAGGACCGUAAGAAUAGCAAUGCGGCUGAGAAAUUGUUGGCUUAUCCGAUUACUCUCGUCGCCUGUGCUUUCAUAUUUUUAACAUCACUCGCAGUGUUUUAAAUUUCAGUGUGCUUCGAUUGUAAUAAUUUUUUUAUUGUGAAUUUAUUCUCCAUUCUGAAUGUAUUGUAAUGUAUUUUUUGUUGUAAGUCAUAUAAUGCUCAAAUUUGUCUAUUUAAAUAACAAAGUUUCAUAAUUUUAAACUUAUUUAUACUAUGUACUUACAAGAUCUACCCAGUACUUAGUUAUACAUAUACAUACAAUACAUAAAUAAUAUAAAAGUUUAGUUAUAGUGUAAAAAGUCGCUAGAAGUAGUUUUUAAAACACCGAAAUACAUUUUAAUAAAGUUGAUAAGAAACAAAAAGCAAUAAAAAAUCUAUAAUAAAAAUCUCACAGUCAAUGGUUGCUGGAACCUUGGCCCAUAAUAAGAAAUGCAAAA